AUGCGUUCGACAAUUGACGACAUGCCAUCUGUGGCUAUAUUCUGCCCUCAAAGCAAAGCUCCACAGAAGGUUUACCUCGACCGACUACACUCUUUCCUUUGCCGAAACCCAUGCUUGGAACCUUUUGUUCAAGAUAUUCAGGACCUUCCUCGGACUUGGCAAAUUUUCGCAAAUCAUAGGGAAGAUAUUGCGGCUCUCAAACAGGGGCCAAGAUACAUGAAAAAUUUGUCUGACUGGAUUAAAACUGGCGAAUCUGAACACAUUGCAAAUGCAAUGUCCGGCAUACUGUCACUACCUCUUUUAGUCAUAAUUCAAAUUGGACAAUACUUUCAAUUUCUUGAAUUGAAUGGAAUGAGACAUUCUGAAUUUCUCACUCAACUUCGAAACGGGGGAGGAGUUCAAGGAUAUUGUGGUGGCUUAUUACCAGCUAUGGUGAUCGCUUGUUCGAAAGAUGAAACUGAAUUGGCGAAAUAUGCAUCUGUGGCUAUGCGUAUUGCCCUUGGAAUAGGGACAUAUGGAGAGUUGGGACAAGGGGAUGAGAUUGUAUCGAAAUUUCCAGGCGCACAUAUUUCCGCUGUUACUGAUCCCAAAACUAUUAGCAUGGUAGGGUCAGUACCAGUACUUGCUCAAGUACAAGCAUAUGGACGCGAGCAAGGUCUACUUGUACAGGAAAUGCAUCUUCGAGGAAAGGUACAUAAUCCUGAGAAUGCAGAGCUCUCGUUAGAAUUAUGCGUUCUAUGCGAUAAAAUAGAUUCCUUAAAACUUCCACCGGUAUCAGCUCUACAGGCACCAAUGAGAUCAAAUAAGACGGGGCGCCUACUCGAAAACGAAUCUCUGAGCCAUGAGGCUAUACAGACGAUCUUAGCAUCGAGGUGUGAAUGGUAUACUCUUCUCACAGAACUAGCAGAUGAACUUGAGAAGAGUGGAAAGAGAUCACAUGUAUUCGCAACUUUUGGUAUUGGUGAUUGCGUCCCGUUGGCACCAUUCCAUAAAAAACAAUUGCGCAUAACAAAACUCGAUGUCCUCAACGCAAUCAACAGAGCUGUGUCAUCGGUACCUAGAUUAAGAGAAGAAACGCAAUAUUCCUUUCCUGAUGAUGCCGUGGCCGAACCUCAGUUGCGAAAGAAGUUCCCAACGAUCGUUUUUGAAUUACACAAUAGUUUCAGAGCUUCACAAGACUGGAAAUUCGCUGGCAAAAGGAAGUUCUUUGGUAAUUUUUUGGACAGCGUGAAAGAUUUUGAUCAUGCAUUUUUCCGCACAAAUCCAAGAGAAGCGGUAAACAUGGAUCCCCAGCAAAGAAUCCUGCUCGAGCUUGCGUAUGAAGCAAUGGAGUCUAGUGGGUACCUACGUUUGCAUAAACGCGAAAAUAAUGAUCCUAUAGGGUGUUUCAUAGGCGCUAGCUUUGUGGAAUACCUCGAUAACACAAACUCGAACGCACCAACUGCUUAUACAUCGACUGGAACUAUCAGGGCCUUUCUAUGUGGUAAGAUCAGUUACUACUUUGGAUGGAGUGGCCCAUCAGAAAUUAUCGAUACUGCAUGUUCUUCUUCACUAGUAGCAAUUCAUCGAGCAGUUCGGGCCAUACAAAGUGGAGAAUGCCCAAUGGCUUUGACUGGUGGGAUCAAUAUUAUGACUGGCAUCAACAAUUAUCUAGAUCUGGCAAAAGCUGGAUUUCUGAGUCCCACAGGGCAGUGCAAACCAUUUUGCGAGUCAGCUGAUGGAUAUUGCAGGGCCGAAGGAGGCGGGCUAAUUUUCUUAAAAUCAUUGAAACAGGCGGUUGUAGAUGGAAAUCAAAUCCUUAGUGUCAUUCCUGGAACGGCGACCAAUCAAGGAGGUUUAUCAUCUUCACUUACAAUUCCUUCAUCCCUGGCACAAAUCCAGUUAUAUCAGACCAUAUUGAAUAAAGCCAAAAUGAAAGCGGACCAGGUGUCUUAUGUCGAGGCUCAUGGUACUGGUACCCAAGCUGGUGACCCACUCGAAAUAGCAAGCAUUCGACAAGUGUUUGGGGGAUCCGGAAGAACCAACUCUCUAUACUUGGGAUCUAUCAAGGGCAACAUUGGACAUUGUGAGACCGGAGCUGGAGUUGCUGGUCUAUUGAAACUAAUUACAAUGAUCAACAAAGGAGUCAUCCCGCCUCUCGCGAGUCACAACACCCUCAAUCCGAAGAUUCCAGCUCUGGAGCCGGAUCGAAUGGCAAUCACUACAAAAGCUAUACCGUGGAAUGCCCCAUUUCGUGCAGCUUGCGUGAAUAGUUAUGGAGCUGCUGGAAGUAAUGCUGCCAUGUUGAUAUGUGAAGGUCCACGGCAAUACAUAGAAGCACCAAAGAAUCCACUUCAGAUUAGCGCAAAGUAUCCAAUCAUUCUAAGUGCUUCAACAAAAGAUAGCUUGUUGAAGUACGCGAAGAUUCUCGGAGAUUAUCUUGCAGUUACAUUGCCGAAGCCAAGUCUCGAUGACUUGGCGUUUACAUUGAGUGAACGAAGGCAACAUCAUAAAUUUCGCUGGACUACGACAGAGUCAGAUAUUGAUCGACUUAUUCAACUAUUGAGAGCGGAUACUCAGUCGUGUUUUGAGAUCCCACAGGCCCCAAAGCAUACUGUUCUAGUUUUUGGAGGUCAAAGUAAACAAACAGUUGGACUUGACAGUAACUUGUACCAAUCUCACCCUCAACUUCGAGGGUAUAUAGAUGACUGCAAUGAUCUUGUUACGAAUCUCGGCUUUUCGGCUAUCGUGCCGGCGAUAUUUCAAUCUGAGCCAAUCAUAGAUAUCGUUACGCUUCAAUGUGGUACUUUUGCAAUGCAAUAUGCAUGCGCCAAAUGCUGGCUUGAUGCUGGACUGGAAGUAGAUGCAGUAGUGGGUCAUAGCUUCGGUGAAUUGACUGCUAUGACUAUAGCUGGAGUACUAUCACUACAAGACGGAAUAAAAUUGAUUGCUACUCGAGCUUCAUUGAUGCAAACUCAAUGGGGUCCGGAAAGGGGAACAAUGCUCGCAAUUCAUGCCAAUAAAGAGCGUGUACAAGAUAUCGUAGCUUGUAUUAACUCAGGAGUUGGAAGAUUGGAGAUAGCCUGUUUCAAUGCUCCUACAAGUCAAAUUGUUGUCGGCGAUUCAAUGUCGAUAGCCGAAGCCGAGGAAUUGCUGAGAACUGAUUCUCGAUUCAACAGUAUUAAAUCUCAACGCCUUGACGUAAGCCACGGCUUCCACUCCAAGUUUACAGAACCACUUCUUAGUGAUAUCGAUGAGUUGUCAAAGACCUUGAAGUUCAAUAAAGCAAAGAUUCCACUCGAGAGCUGUACUUUGGAACCAUUGGAAGAGAUACUGCCAGGUCGUCUUUCAGAGCACACCAGAGAUCCUGUCUACUUCCUCGAUGCUAUUCGAAGAAUUGAGAGACGAUUCGGAUCAUGUAUCUUUCUAGAAGCUGGAAUAGAUUCUCCAGGAAUAGCAAUGGUCAAGAGAGCUGUCCAUGAACCGGAUAAUCAUCGUUUCCAAGAGAUGAAACUCAGAAACUCUCAAGAUCCAAUGGCUGUCCUCUCGAGUAUGACAACAAAUCUUUGGCGUGAAGGCAUCUCAGUAUCUUUCUGGACCUUUCUUUCGCCGCCAAAAGAGGUACGAUAUAAGCAAAUUUGGCUUCCGCCAUAUCAAUUCCAACGUACCUCACACUGGUUGGAGAGCAUAGAUAGAGUGAUCGAAGCUCAAGAUAAAUUCUCUUCAACCGUACUCAAGCCUACAGAGAAACUCCAAGUUCAACCUCCCAAACAGCUCGUGACAAAGAAAGACGGGUCGACAAAUGAAUUCAAAGUCCAUAUCGAUACCGAACGAUUCACCAGAAUUGUAUCGGGUCAUGCAGUUAGAAGACAGCCAUUAUGCCCCGCAUCAAUGUAUAUGGAGUGUGCAGCGAUGGCAUUACAGAUUGCUGGUGCUGAUGUUGAAACAAAGUCAAUUGUCCUUGAUAUUGGAGGGGUCUUCAGAACCACAAACCUGGACCUUUUAGUCAAGAGUUCGUUGAAGACCGACUUGAAAUCUAGGUCCACAAUACACGCAAAAGGAAUGAUUGGUUUGACUACUCAACCACAACUUUCAACUUAUGAGAGACUUAUAUCGGAUCGUGUCAACACAUUGGUUAAGCAACCGGAUACUGAGAAAUUGAUGUCCAAGCGAGCAUAUGGUCUUUUCUCAACAGUUGUACACUAUUCGGAUUUCUUACAUGGGAUUUCCAAUAUCACGAUGGAUGGGAACCAGGCAAUUGCAGAAAUUGAGUUGCCUCCUUUCCCUAUUGAGGUACAGGAGAGCACAAUCACCAUAUCUGCGACACUAUCGCUUUGGAUACCUUUAUUCAAGUUCUCUCACUGCUCCCCUGAUGAAGUAUAUGUUGCUACUGGCGUUGACAGUACAAUCAUGUCAGCCUCAUCAUGCAAUUUCACAGAUUGCAAGUACUGGAAGGUGUACGCCAUGUUCACACCAACUAGCAACACCCAAGCCACUGGUGAUAUCUAUGUUUUCACUCGAGAUAGAAAAUUGGUAUUGACAAGCACGGGAGUCGGUUUCACAAAGUUAUUGAUCACAAAGCUCGAGAAAAUGCUUGCUGCAGCAAAUCCGAAAGUAUCGAAUAAUGCACCACUGGAAAGAAAGCUGAUGAGAGCGUUAACGCCCAUCACAACUCCGGGUUCACCAACCGAAAAUGAUUCAGGAAGUAGCAUUGAUGAUUCUGAUGAUAAAGGACCACCUACACCUACGGACUUUGUGUCAGGGGCAAACAAUCUGAAAAAUUUGAUUGCAUCAUAUACAGGUCUUUCUGACUCGGAAGUUAUCGAUGAUGCGAAUAUUGGUGAACUUGGAGUCGAUUCGCUGGCAGCGGUUGAACUCGCAGAGGAACUGCAAACAAAAUUUGGGAAAGAAAUUGCAGCUGAGGAUCUUAUGAUGAGCAGCUACGCAAAUUUGCUCCGAAUUUUUGUUCCCACACCACAAUUGAGGAAAUCAAAGCCUAUAAAAGCCAAAAAAUCGCAACCUGAGAUCAUUGAACAAGCACCCGAAGACAAUUCUAAGCAUGACAGCGAUUCACUACAAAGAGAAAACGUCUUACACAUAAUUUCCGAGAUUUGUGGAGCUCCAAUAAACGAAAUUCGAGAUUCGGCGGCUCUGCAAGACCUUGGUGUUGAUUCGCUUUCGGCCGUCGAGUUGAAAAGUGAGCUUGCAGAUACCUUUUCAAUCGAAAUUGAUGACGAUGAUCUCAGUCUAGAGUCAACAGUCAAAGAAGUACUGAAGUAUCUCGGCAUUGAGGCAAUUCAACAACAACAAAAGCCUAUCACCGCAGUUUCAAACGGCAACACGAGCUUAUCAAACAGUUCUGAAAGAGCCAUCGAAAGUUUACCUGUAGUUCUAGCAAACCCCAUGGACAUAAUCGAGAAAUGUCAAGCAGCUUUUGAACCUGCAGCAAAGAAACUCGGAUAUAUCAAUUAUUGGUCCGAAGUUGGUCCAAAGCAAGAUGAACUAUUGAUAGCAUACAUUGCAGAGGCGUUCAGAACACUCGAUGUUGAUUUGUGGAAACUUGGCAACGGGCAAGAGUUACCGGACAUUGCUUAUCUUCCGAAACAUUCGAAGGUCAUGGCUCGAUAUAUGGAAAUACUGCAGGUAGGAGAGAUCAUUGAGAAGAAAGGCAGCAAAUAUUUUCGAACCUCAAGAAGCCUUUCAAAUUUGAUUUCGAAUGACUUGCUUCAAAACUUGCUGCGACAAUAUCCUGCGUACGCAGCAGAAUCGAGACUGAUGGAAUUAACCGGUCCAAAACUCGCUAGCUGUUUGAUUGGAAAAGCUGAUCCUGUGGCGCUAAUGUUUGGUAACCCGGCAGCACAAAGGAUAAUGGGAGACUAUUAUACUACUUCGCCUAUGCUUGGUACUCUCACUGAGCAAUUGGUCGAUUUCAUGAAACAAAUCGUCAUCAACACCACCGGUCACGGACCAAUCAGAAUUCUAGAGGUUGGAGCUGGAUUUGGUGGAACCACCACACGUCUUGCAGAAGUCCUUCAAGAAGUUGGUCGUCCAGUUGAAUAUACUUUCACAGAUAUUUCUCCUUCACUUGUGAAAAAUGCCAAGGCAAAAUUUGUCAGGUAUGACUGGAUGAAGUUCCAAACUUUCAACCUUGAAAAGGAUAUUCCAGCAAAUAUGAAAGGACAAUAUGACAUCGCCAUAGGAACAAACUGUGUCCAUGCAACCACCAACAAAACUUCUUCGACUAGUCAUUUGAGGGAAACAUUGAGAGAUGGUGGCUUUGUGAUUCUCUCUGAAGUUACGAAGCUCAUUAAUUGGUAUGAUGUCGUACAUGGACUUCUAGAUGGUUGGUGGUUAGGAAAUGACACCGAUUAUCCUCUUCAACCACCAGAAUUUUGGAUGGAGUGCUUUAAAAGGCGGGAUUUGCUUCAGCUUCUCGUGAAAACACUACAAGAGGGAGUCGAAAUUGGGUCAAAAAGUCAAACGGUGACUUAUAAACUUGUUGACGGUGUUGAAGUACUGGCGGAUAUCUUCCUACCGGAGAUGGCGCCGAUCAAUGCAAUGCCUAUAGCCUUGAUGAUCCACGGCGGCGGAUAUAUGACGUUAUCGAGGAAAGCCAUUCGUCCAGCUCAAACAUCACUUCUCCUUGCAAAUAAUGUAAUUCCUGUCAGUUUAGAUUACAGAUUAUGCCCAGAGGUAGAUCUUAUCAACGGCCCGAUAGCAGAUAUUCGUGAUGCAUAUAUUUGGGCUCAAACCAAACUGCCAGGACUUAUUGUCAUGAUUGGUUGGUCAACAGGAGGUCAUUUGGCAAUGACAACCGCAUGGACAACAAAGAAUAUGGGCUUAGAACCUCCUUGUGCAAUAUUGGCAUUUUAUAGUCCAACGGAUUUCGAGUCGGGAGAUUUAGAUAUCAGUCGUGCGAAUCAAUACCCAGGAAGGAAGUUAUCCUUGGACACGAUUAGAAAAUCUCUCUCCACGCGUCCGAUCACAAAUUAUUAUGGUGAGAGUAGCGAUUCAACAGGACUAGGAUGGGUUCGUCCAGGAGAUCCAAGAUCCGAGCUUGUUUUAUCUCUUUUUAAAGAAGGGAAUGGCCUUGAUAUUAUGCUGAAUGGUAUCUCUGAUGAUGACUGGUGUAGAAAACCGGAUCCGGAACGCGUCGCGUUCAUUAGUCCUAUGGCUCAACUCCGUUCUGGUAUAUACACCACACCAACAUUUUUAAUUCAUGGCGAGGAUGAUGAAAUUGUUCCAUUCAAUGCAUCGAAAAAAUUUGUGACUGCUUUGAAGGAGCAUGGAGUACGAUCUGGUUUCUUGGGGGUGUCUUGUGCAAAACAUAUUCAUGACUUGAAUUUGAGGCCGGGUAUGGAACAAUGGAGACAGGGUGUUGAACCAGGAUAUGAUUUCUUAUUCGAGAUACUAUCAGGAUUGUGA